AUGAUAAAAUACCCAGCGAAGAUCGAACUCCUUAACAAUUUCUUUUUGUUCCCUCGACUGCUUCCAGUCGUCGAGGUGUUAAGAAGAAACAGAGUUUUUAUUCUUCUUCCACUGACAGGCAUAAAAGAUGGACCGCUGCCGGCCUACGCAGCCAAAGAACCUGAUCAACCAUUGAUAAAAACCGAAGUCCCCGGCCCUCGAUCGCUGGCCCUCAAAGAAGAGCUUGGCUCAGUGCAGAAUUCUGGUUCAGUCGUGUUUUUUACUGACUACGAUAAAUCGCAAGGCAACUACAUUGCAGAUGCCGAUGGAAAUCUCUUACUUGACCUCUACAUGCAAAUCGCUUCCAUGCCUUUAGGCUACAAUCAUCCAAGAUUAAUUCAGACAGUCAAAGAUGCAGAAAAUACUUCACUUUUUGUUAACAGACCAGCAUUGUGUAAUUUCCCACCAGUAAAAUGGAUGUCACGCUUAAAGAACGCUUUGUUGUCGAUAGCGCCGCCUGGAUUAAAUGCAGUUCAAACGAUGGCAUGCGGCGCAUGCUCAGUAGAAAAUUGUUUGAAGUCUAUGUUCAUAUACUCCCAGAGCCAAAAGAGAGGAGGAAACCCUCCAAGCCAAGAAGAGCUCCAGUCUUGCAUCGUCAACGAAGCUCCUGGCUGCCCGGAUAUCACUGUAAUAAUGCUAUCUAUCUAUCUAUCUAUCUAUCUAUCUAUCUAUCUAUCUAUCUCUCUGCUUAGAUCUAUCUAUCUAUCACAGUUUGUUCAGAUCUAUCUCUCUGAUUUUGUUCACCUUUCUGUCUUUCAUUCUCCUCCUCUCUUUCUAUAUCGUAUUCCAUCUCCUUUUCUGAAUCAUUACCCAUGCUUUCUAUCUAUCUAUCUAUCUCUUUCUGCUCAUCUUUCUAUUUAUUUAUCUCUUACUGUUCUGUAUAUAAGUCUGUUGAUAUCUAUCUAUCUAUCUAUCUAUCUAAGUGCUCUCUCGAUGACCCAUGCUAAAUGGUUUCACAAACUGGACUCACCGCAACCGAAAUGGCCAAUUGCUCCCUUUCCAAGGCUAGAGUAUCCUCUUGACCAAUUUGAAAGAGAGAAUCGAGCUGAAGAAGAUCGAUGUUUAGCUCAGGUUGAAGAUUUGAUUGAAAAAUAUAAUAAACUUGAUCGCCCAGUUGUUGGAAUCUGUGUGGAGCCCAUCCAGGGAGAAGGUGGCGACAACACGGCGUCUCCUUACUUUUUCCAAUCACUUCAGAACAUCACCAAAAAGAACAGAAUCAGUUUUAUGCUUGAUGAAGUGCAGACGGGAUGUGGGGCCACAGGCAAAAUGUGGGCGCACGAGCAUUUAAAUUUAGACGAACCCCCAGAUCUGGUGAGCUUCAGUAAAAAAAUGUUGACAGGCGGAUUCUAUUUUCGGGAGAAUCUCAUGCCACAAGAGCCUGGUCGAAUUUUCAAUACGUGGGUAGGAGAUCCGUCCAAAGUUAUACUUCUGGAAGAAGUGGUUAAAGUUAUUGAGGAACAAAACUUACUGAAACAAGUCAGUGACACGGGAAAAUACUUGCUUUCGUCACUGGAAGAAGCGCAGGUAAAAUUUCAAGGCCUAGUAAGCAGAGCCCGGGGCAUUGGGACCUUUGUAGCCAUCGAUUUCAAAGAUGCCAAUGCCAGAGAUCAUUUCAUUAAGAUUGCACGGAACAAAGGAAUCAACGUAGGUGGAUCAGGGGUGCAGACUUUACGUUUCCGACCGGCCCUUAUUUUAGAGAAGAAACACGUCGACAUUUUUAUGGACGUCUUUUAUUCAAUUUUAAACGAUAUGCAUUAUUAG